CGCCACGCCGAUCGCCGUGUGUAUCCGCCAUUCAUGCGGAGUCGAUUUCGUUGUUUCUCUGUGUGUGCAGGCACGAGCAGGCAGCCAGCCAGCCAGGACCGAACGAGACGUGGUGUGACGGUGAUAUAUUCGCGCGGCUCGAGAAAAACACAAUGCAAGUGCAUUAGCUCUGCGGAUAUACUGCGAUAUACUACGCAGUAGUGACGGCAGCUUCGGCAGUUAGUUCGAGCACGCGCCCCGUUUAGUAUCUGAAAGCGACGAUGAUACUUGGUCACGGUCCGCCGACGUAAAAGCAAAACAAGUGCCAUUUUGCAGAUCAGUAGGAAUGAUGCUGAUCAAAUAAUAUAGUGAGGAACAAAUUAAUUAGCCAAUACAACAAAUAUACAUCAAGUAAUAUGGGGGCAUUUUUGGAUACUCCAAAAACAGAAAAGUGUAACGAACAUGGCACUGGCAAUGGUUUGCGGUAUGGUGUUGCCAGUAUGCAGGGCUGGCGGAUGGAAAUGGAGGAUGCUCACAGAGCAAUUCCCUGUUUGGAAGGUGGUCUCUCAGAUUGGAGCUACUUUGCAGUAUUCGAUGGUCAUGCAGGCGCAUUGGUAUCAGCACACAGUGCGGAACACUUAUUAGAAUGUAUAAUGCAAACGAAGGAAUUUAAAGCUGAGGAUGUUAUUAAAGGUAUUCAUUCCGGGUUCCUUAGACUCGAUGAUGAAAUGAGAGAUUUACCUGAGAUGAGUUCUGGUUCGGACAAGUCCGGUUCUACGGCAGUAUGCGCAUUUAUAUCACCUAAAAAUAUUUAUAUUGCCAAUUGCGGUGACUCUCGGGCAGUACUUUGUAGCUCUGGAAUUCCAGUUUUCUCGACGCGGGAUCACAAGCCUGUUUUACCUGCUGAAAAGGAGAGAAUUCAGAAUGCAGGUGGUAGCGUAAUGAUCCAAAGAGUUAACGGAUCUCUAGCUGUUUCCAGAGCAUUGGGCGAUUAUGAGUACAAAAAUUUAAAAGAUCGAGGCCCUUGUGAGCAAUUAGUAUCACCAGAACCAGAAAUAUUCGUGCGAGAGAGAGAUGAUGAACACGAUGAGUUUCUAGUUUUAGCAUGUGAUGGCAUUUGGGAUGUAAUGAACAACGAAGAUUUAUGUAAUUUUAUACAUUCAAGGCUGCUGCUUACUGAUGAUUUAGAAGCAGUUACCAAUCUGGUUGUAGACACUUGCCUUUAUAAGGGUAGCAGAGAUAAUAUGAGUAUAGUUCUGGUGACGUUCCCAGCUGCACCAAAACCAAAUCCUGAAGCACAGAGGCAGGAAGCUGAGUUGGAAAUGGCUAUAGAAAGGAGAAUUAAAGAAAUCGUUGCCCAAGAGGAGGAUAAGGACGAAUUUGACUACCAAAAAAUGCUUGAACUUCUUAGAGGAAGCGACCAAGACUUUCCUUACCUACCUCCUGGUGGUGGUCUUUAUGCUAAGCAACCCUUCAUCGAGAAAGUGUUUCGGGAAAUAUGUCCCAGCAAAGCGUAUAGUGUAAGUGUUGGAUAUAUCCCUUUGACAUAACUAACCCUCAAUCUUUUUCUAUGCUGCAUCAAAUGUACAUGUACAUGUAAUUAUAAUAAUAAGACAUGUUUCUUAACAAAACAUUCAUAUAAAGAUGCAGAACUUACACGUUUAUUUGAAUAAUAAUCCUUAAUGUGAGGAAAUCCUAUCAAUGUUAAAGAAAAAUUGCAAAAUUGUAUUAUAAACUGAGUCUUGACAGAAUUAAGUUUGUCAUGAAUCGUAUAAUUAGUAGACCUUUACAAAGAAAAUCAUGAUAUUGGCAACAUAAAUUAGUAUGCAAAUUAAUUAAUUAAAUAUUAUGCAGUAAAUUUAUUAAAUAUUAUAUACUUUUGUAAGUGUUUCUAUCUAUGUGUCUGUAAUAUUUGUUUAAAAACUCAAGCUAUAUAAAAACUUCCUUAUCCAUCAUAACUUUAGCAAUUAUGACAGCCAUUAAAACAGCUUUUGGGAUUAUGGAUUUGUCUGUAGGAGAAAUAUUUCUCUCAAAAAGUUCAUAAGAUUUAAUUGUGAGGAAAAAAUAUAGUUGAAACUUAAAUACUGCAUUGACAGUGAACGUGCUUACUUAAUUAAGUUCCACUACUUCGUGCAAAUUAUUUAUUUGCAAAUUAAGCCAGUUAAUAAUUUUAAUGGAGUAAUAGUACAAGUAAAAUAUCAAUCACAGAGGGGACUAAGUAUAAUUGUAUGAAUACUUACUUUUAUUUUCAAUUAUAAUAAUGCAUUCUUAUAUUUUACUUAGAGUAUGAAUGAAGUCGAACAAACACUUUACACAUGCAAGAAAACGUUUUUAUCAUUGAUGGCAUAUUUCAAGAGAAAAUGUAAAGUCGUACAGUUUACAAAUAAUCCCAAUUAUUCAAUAAAUUUUUUUUAUUUCAUAUAACAAUUUUUUAUAAUAAUUAUUGUUCGAUUUUAUAAAUUUCUUUUUUAUUCAGGGAGUAAAGAAUGUUUAUAUUACAGUUAUAAGCAGAGGAUUAAAUAGAUAUUACACUAAAAAUUAGACGUAGAAUGCAUAAGCUGAAAUAAAAAAAAAAAACGGGAAAACCAGAUAAUAUAAAAACUAAUAAAGGUGUAAGUUUUAAUAUAAUAUAAAUAUGUAAAAAAUGUAGAAAGCAUAAUAUGUUAUGUAUGCAUUUAUUUGAAGAUAUUUUAAAGGGACGGAAUCCUUAAAUAUUUAAUCAUAUUGUGAAGUUUGCACAAUAGAAUAACUAUUAUACAUUUUAUACCGCUUGCAUGGCGCUCUUUCACAUGCGAACAAAGUUUAGCAUUACCUUCAUCAAGAAUGUACUUUCCUCAACAAUGUACAAAAAUUUCUGUAUUAUAAUACAUACGUGAUACAUCAUGAAGCGAAAUUUUCAUCGAACUUAAUAAGAACUUAGUAUAGCAUUUCUGUCGUGUCCUCUUGCCAUGUUGAUAAAAAUGCAUAAUAUUGCUAUACAUAAUUAUAUAUUUUUGUAGAUCUAGGAAAUUAGCGUUCAAAAUAUAUAUUUACUUCUGUGAUCGGUAUUUUCUACUCUUCAUUUAUAAUUAGUUUUCGAUGUUUAUGAAAUUAUUAAUCCAGUAUACUUCAUAGAAUGCAGAACUUUUAUAUGAGAAGAGUAGGAAAACUGAUCGUUUAGUUUUAAAAUUAUCAAUCCUGUAUAUACACAGAAAAGUUGUGUCUGAAAAACUGUGUAUUGAUAUUUUCUUCAAGUAAUUUAAAAAUAAAAGGUGAACUUAUAACACUUAGCAAGGAGGCCUUGAGUUUAGUUUCUUAUUAUGUUAUUUCUAUAAACUUUAUAUGAUUUGAUUAUUCUAUCAUAAUACAUAAAAAGAUAUCAAUUUUUAAACUUUUAUAUUUCAGUACAGAAUAGAUUUAAUAACAGUUUAUAAGACGUAUUAUUUAAUGUACGUUGGAGAAUAUAAUAAAUGUAUUAUCGGAUCUGCGAUGCAAAAUAUUGUAUACAAUUUUACUCUAUAUAUUAAUAGAGUACAAAAUAAUGCAUAAUCCUGAUCUGUAUGUUUUAGCACCAAUACAUGUGUAUAAAUAGAUAAAUAGCUUUGUGAAUAAUGGAAUAACGCAUAUCAAACAUUAACCCAUUUAUCUUUGACCUCUAUAAUCAUUUUCCAUAUAUACAUACUUUGGAAUAAAGUGGAAACUAUACAUCAAGGCCAUCCUCGUACGAUGAAGUAUACAUGUACCAAAGUAUUUAUUACCGUUUCUGGUUGUAAAAAGGAAUAUCUUGAAAUUAACAAAGUUACACAAUCUAUUAUCGUUUUAAAGUAAUAUAUUAGAAAUAUAAAACUUAUCAAGAGAAUGAAGUAACUCUAUUUUUACUAACAAUAUCUCAUUAAACGGAAAAAAAUAUGAAGAUAAUAUAUUUUUAGUAUUUCAAACUUUUUGUUUUGAGUCUAAUCAAUAAGGCAUGGAAGUACACAAAGUUUCAUGAUGAGUUUUCCUAAAUGAGUGAUACUGCAACGCGUUGAAAUAAUCCACAUAAUUAUUUUUGAUAAAUCUAAACAAAAUCUUUCUUGUAUUAUUAUUAACGUUGUCAAGAUUCAACGCAUUUCAGAUCAUCCGAACAGAAUGGCUUAUUGUGGAAACCUUACGAAUUUUCACGUCCUAUUAAUCGAUUUAGUUUUUAUCGUAUUAAAUUAGAUAAAAUAUUAGAUUUUUAAAAGAUUGUGAAUUCACA